AUGGUGGAUAAGAAAGAAUCAGAUGAGUUGAUGAAAGCCGUGGACACGGAGCUUCUUGAAGCUGCUGUAGAUAAUGGGGAUUGGUAUGUGACGGAUUCGUUCAGACAACUUGGAAAAUACGCGUUCAAAGGGCUUUGUGGGUAAGUUUUUGCGAUUUUUGGGUAGUCUAAUAUAGGAAAAUUGAUGGAAGUGAGGGGGAAUGGAGGAUUUUUGAGCUGAUUUGAGUUUUAUUAGUUGGAGGGAUGUCUUGAGUAUCUUUUUGUUCAAUUUUAUGUUGUUUGACUGUAUGUGACUGUGUGCUUUUAAGCGAACCUUGAGGAACAUCUAGAAAUAUAGGUAUUGACCUUGUUUUUGUGACAGAACUUUUUUGAAAGUGGAGGUGUUGGCCUGAAAUUUGGAUAAAUUGUGGACUGUUUAAUACUUUAACUAUUUGUAAAACAGAUUUUUUAAUUUUUCUGUUUUAAAAAAGUUAUGGCCAAAAGCGUGCGAUGUACCUUCUUGCCAAUGUUAAUAUUUUAUAAUUUUUUAAUAAUUAAGCAUCUUAACCUCUUAAUUUUUAGGUCUCUGAUUCUAGUCCUCUUUAUUGCGCUUCUUAUUGGUUCAUUGCGUUACUUUGGUGGAGAGCAACAUCAAGAACCGUCACUCAAGCGUCUUUACUUUAACCAAGUAACCAUGUUCCUGUACACAAUCAAAGUCUCAUUUCUGCCGGGCGGUGAUUAUCUGGCAUUCAAAAGGAUAUUGGGAGGAUAUAUAACAAAGCGAUUUGAAAAUUUUCUUGAGUUAUCUAGGAUGGUUGUGUAAGUUCCGUCAAAUUUGGUUGAAACUCUACUAUAAUAUUGGAUUUUUGGCUUUAAAAGUCAUUUUUAGGUAUUUUUGAUAAAUUUUUUUAGUGGAUUAGCUAGAUAUAAUGUUGUUUUAACUUUAGAGAAGCAAUUGACAAGCAAGACGCAUCGAAUUUGACUCGAAAUUAUGAUAAAAUCAUCAAAGGAGCCGAGUUUUACAUUGGUCCAAUGUUUUUUUCGUUGGCAAUCGCUGCAUCUCGAAUCCCAUUGUCCAUCUUCUACACAUACGCGUUGAGUGAUGUCUUCUGCACAGUAAGGAAUUUAUUUUAACUUGUUUAAUGCCUUAGGUUUGCUUUAAUUAAGUUUUAAAGUGUGUCAACUCAACCAAGAAUUAUAUUGUUUUAGUCUCGACUUGGAGCCCUUUUCCUGGCCUUUUUCUCGUUCACUAUCGGAAUUCUGCCUCUAGGCUUGGUGGAUGUGGUAAACCUGAUCAACGCCGUAACCUUCAACGACACCUACCUUUCAUUUGUCAUCACAUUCGUAUGCAUCAUGAUGUCCACGUACGGUCGUAUCAUAUACGGUGGCGUUAUGGGUAUCAAAUGGAAGCUGAUCGAGCAAAACAUCUUCGAACCAUUAGCCAUAUAUUCCCCCAAGACUAGACAUUACCAGAAUUUGGCAAAGGAUUUCAUGAAGAACUUGAGAGAUCAGCAUGAUUCCAAGAGUUUUUGGAGAUAUCGACCAUUGGACGAAGUUCCAGUCCCAGUACUGUUCAGUUAUGCGGUUGUUGGCAUCUCAUUGUUGGUCCUGAUCCCAGUGGUGUUCCGGAAGUUGGCCAAAGAGAGAUUGUUGGAACAAAGAGAGGAAAAAGAGGCAGAGAAGAGAAGGAUCGCGAGAGAAAGAGAGGCCGAGAGAUGGGCAGAGAAGGGAGAGCAAAUCAGAGAAGCCUUAAAGAAGGAGGCGGCCCAGGAAUUAACCAAAAAGGCAGACGAAUCUCACGCUUAA